UCCAUUGCCAGCGUCUCUGCACAGCACAGGACGCCCCGUCUGGCCUCAGCUUCAUCUGCCCGGGCUUGGUAAACAGCAGCGGAUCCUGCACGCAACGGUCCCGGGUGGAUGAGAGACAGUCUAGAGGGUCGGUCGGCACCCACUAGACCUCUGGAAGGCGCUUGGACCCGCAGGACAGAAGCGGUACAAGUCACAGACAGUCAUGGCUUUGAAGAUUGUCAAAGGGAGCAUCGAUCGGAUGUUCGAUAAAAAUCUUCAGGAUUUAGUACGUGGCAUUAGGAAUCACAAGGAAGAUGAGGCCAAGUACAUCUCCACAUGCAUCGAUGAGAUCAAACAGGAGCUCAAGCAGGACAACAUCGCUGUCAAAGCCAAUGCCGUGUGCAAGCUCACCUACCUUCAGAUGCUGGGCUAUGACGUCAGCUGGGCCGCUUUCAACAUCGUUGAAGUCAUGAGCUCCUCCAAAUUCACAUACAAGCGAAUUGGCUACCUGGCAGCCUCGCAAUGCUUUCAUGAGAGCACUGAUGUCAUCAUGCUGACAACCAAUCAGAUCCGAAAGGAUCUCAGUAGUCCCAACCAGUAUGACACAGGUGUUGCCCUCACUGGCCUCUCUUGUUUUGUGACCCCUGACCUGGCUCGGGAUCUAGCCAAUGACAUCAUGACACUGAUGUCCCACACUAAACCCUACAUCAGAAAGAAAGCAGUGUUGAUCAUGUACAAGGUGUUUCUCAAGUACCCAGAGUCCCUGCGCCCUGCUUUCCCCAGGCUCAAGGAGAAACUGGAGGACCCAGACCCAGGUGUCCAGUCUGCCGCAGUAAACGUUAUCUGUGAGCUGGCUCGGAGAAAUCCCAAGAACUACCUGUCUCUGGCCCCACUCUUUUUCAAACUCAUGACCUCCUCGACUAAUAACUGGGUUCUCAUUAAGAUCAUCAAGCUGUUUGGUGCUCUCACACCAUUGGAGCCACGGCUGGGAAAGAAGCUGAUCGAACCGCUGACGAACCUAAUCCACAGUACCUCUGCCAUGUCUCUGCUGUAUGAAUGUGUCAACACUGUGAUUGCAGUGUUGAUUUCCUUGUCUUCUGGGAUGCCCAACCACAGUGCUAGUAUCCAGCUCUGUGUGCAGAAACUGCGAAUCCUGAUAGAAGACUCGGACCAGAACUUGAAGUACCUGGGUCUGCUGGCCAUGUCAAAGAUCCUGAAGACCCACCCCAAGUCAGUACAGUCUCAUAAGGACCUCAUCCUCCAGUGUCUGGAUGACAAGGAUGAGUCCAUCCGCCUGAGAGCUCUGGACCUACUCUAUGGCAUGGUAUCCAAAAAGAACUUAAUGGAGAUUGUAAAGAAGCUGAUGCUGCAUGUGGACAAAGCAGAAGGAACCACCUACAGAGAUGAACUGCUCACCAAGAUCAUCGACAUCUGCAGCCAGAGCAACUACCAGUACAUCACCAACUUUGAAUGGUACAUCAGUAUCCUGGUGGAGCUGACCCGAUUAGAGGGCACACGUCAUGGCCACCUCAUUGCCUCUCAGAUGCUGGAUGUGGCUAUUCGGGUCAAAGCCAUCCGGGUCUUUGCUGUUGCCCAGAUGGCCACUCUGCUGGACAACGCUCACCUAUUGACAGGCAACAUGCAGCGAAUGGGCAUCUGUGAAGUGUUGUACGCUGCUGCUUGGAUCUGCGGUGAAUUCUCAGAACACCUGGAGAACCCGAUGCAGACACUCGAGGCCAUGCUGCGACCAAAGGUUGCCACCCUACCAGGCCACAUCCAGGCAGUGUAUGUGCAGAAUGCAGCCAAGCUGUUUGCCACUGUUCUGAAGAGCCAAGAGGGGAACACAGACAGCACAGCAGCACAGGAAACCAGCCAGCUGAUGAUAGACAGGCUGCCACUGUUUGUCCAGAGCGCCAAUCUGGAGGUGCAGGAGAGGGCGUCUUGCAUCCUGCAGCUGGUCAAGUACAUCCAGAAACUGCAGCAGAAGGACGUAGAAGUAGCAGAGGAAGUCAUCGCUCUGUUUGCUGGAGAACUCAACCCUGUAGCCCCCAAGGCACAGAAGAAAGUGCCUGUUCCUGAAGGUCUGGAUUUGGAUGCCUGGAUCAACGAGCCUCCAUCUGAGAGCGAGUCUGAAGAUGAGCAGCCCAAGGCUAUUUUUGCCAAGGAGGAGCCGAAACACUCCCGCCCCCGUCACACAGAGGUGGACGAGAAGGAGCUGGCAAGGAGGAGAGAAGCUAGAAAGCAGGAGCAAGCCAACAACCCGUUCUACAUCAAGGCCUCCCCAUCCUCUCAGAAGGUUUACCAGGAAGCCCCUGGAGUGGAGCACAUCCCUGUCGUGCAGAUUGACCUCAGUGUGCCUCUCAAAGUCCCAGGUCUGCCAAUGUCUGACCAGUAUGUGAAACUGGAGGAGGAGCGUCGACAGAAAGAGAGAGCAGAGAAGAAGAAGAAGGAGAAGAAGAAGAGGAAAGAAAAGCGCAGUGGACGAGGGAAGAAACAUGAUUCAGGCCCAGAGAGUGAGGAGGACAUCACGCCUGCGCACAUGGUCGACAUUGUUACCGAGGAAAUGCCAGAGAAUGCCUUACCUAGUGAUGAUGAUGACAAAGACCCUAAUGACCCUCAUAAAGCCCUGGACAUCGACCUGGACAAACCACUUGCAGACAGUGAGAAGCUACCAGUAAGGUCACACCGUGCAGCAGAGGCUCCAAAAAGCCCAGUGGAAGACGGAGACGCAGAGAGUGCAGCCUCGCAUGAGCCCAAGAAGAAGAGCAGCAAAGAAAAGAGAGAGAAGAAGAAGGAUAAAGACAGGGAUAGGAAGAAGAGCAAAGAAGAGAAGAAGAAGAAGAAACACAAACGUGAAGAAAAGGGGGAGGAUCUUCUCGGGGGUCAGGCAGACGAGCCUGUGGUCCAAUCAGAAGAAACCAAUGAGGUGGCUGCACCACCCACUUCCACCAGUGCUGAGGUUUCGGAUCUGGAUUUCUGGCUCUCAAACGCUCCAGUGCCCUCUAACACCCAGGAAACAGCAACAGUAGCAGCAGCAGAAGCAGCCCCCGUGCCUGAGGCAGCCUCUGGCACGGCGCCAGACUCCGAGCCUGAUGAGCCCAAAGACACCGAGAUGGAGGAGACUAAGUCUUCCAAACACAAGAAGAAGAAGCAGAAAAAGGAGAAGGAGGAGAAGGAGAAGAAAAAGAAGAAGAAGCAUCAUCAUCAUCACCACCACAGUGAUGGAGGUGGAGAGGAGUCUGUGCAGAAUGGCACGCUGGAGGAGGAAGAGCCUCUGCCGCCCAUGUCCAAUUACUGCCUGUUGGCUGAGAACUCCUACAUCAAGAUGAUGAUGGAGGAUGCUGAUGAGGUAUACGACAUCCAGGGAAACCUGCAGGAUGGCAGUCAGGUUGUGGUGUCUGUUAUAUUUGAAAACAAGUGUGACAGCUUCCUCAAAUCCAUGGAGUUCAACGUCCUGGACUCUCUCAACUCCAAGCUGCAGAGGCCAGAGGGUUCGGGUCCACACGAUGGCCUCACCGUCCCCUUCCAACUUCCACCUGGGGUGUCCAAUGAGGCGCGAUUUGUCUUCACUGUGCAGAGCAUCGUAAUGCCACAGAAACUGAAGGGAACCCUCACCUUCAUAGUAAAGAACGAGGACUCCUCCACUCAUGAGAAACUGGACUUCAAACUGCACUUUACCUGCACCUCCUACCUAAUCACUACUCCUUGCUACAGCGAUGCGUUUGCAAAGCUGUUGGAGUCAGGCGACUUGAAGGGCAGCUCUGUCAGACUGGAGGGAGUCAACAUGCCCUUCCACCACCUACUGGCCAGGAUCUGCUUCCACCACCAUUUCUCUGUUGUGGAGAGGAUCGACUCCUGUGCCUCCAUGUACAGCAGGUCUAUCCAGGGUCACCAUGUUUGUCUGCUGGUCAAAACUUCUGGGCAGACAGUGUCCAUUGACGCUAAAUGUGACGAGCCGACGCUGCUUGGGAAUGUGCUGGAUGAGAUCAAGCAGACCUUCUGUCAGUGCUGAUUGUGUCCGACAGCCCCAGGGUGCCCCCCCUCCGACCUCUCCAUGCCACCCCCCUCCCUCGCUGAAACACAACAUAAUCAUGUUACGAAACACUGCGGCUGGCACUUCCAGUACCGCCCUAUUUAUUAGUCCUCAGAUUCGCACGAUUUCUUUCCCCUUACCUUCUUCUUCUUCUCCAGUGUCCCCACACUCUGUUGUUCCUGUGCUCUCUGAGCUCUGUGGUCACUCCCCGACACUUGAUGUUGUUUUACAGACUCACCGUGUACAUGCUCCGUCUUCUCUGCGAUGCAUUCUCAUUUUUACCUGCUGGUUUUUGAUCCCCAGCAGCUCACCCUGUUGCUCUCUGACUCUAUACUGAGCUCCUGUUUCUGGGUGCUCUGCGUUCUCUGCUCUUUCUCAUGCACCUCUCUGCCCUCCACUCUGUCGGCAAUUCAGUGUGUGACAGUCGUGUAAUUUAAUGUUGACAACUGGACUUUUGCUGUUGAUGGUUGAAAUGUGUUUUUACAGUGUUGAAGUUUUUGGGUUUGUUUUUUGUUUGUUGUUUUGUCUCUUUCUUUUUUUUUUUGUCUGAAGCCUGUCUGCGCCUUUGUCCGCUCCCUUUCUUUCUGCUCACUAAACAUCAGUGUGUGUGCUGCUCGUCUAUGUAGGCCCAGAAAGACCAUGUGAUUGACUCUUUCUGAGACUGGUCCUAGCUGGCAAAAUGGGGACCCUAACCUGCUCACCCACCACUGAACCUGGUGCCUGGAUAAGACCAGACACUGAGCAACUACAGUGAGAAUAGUGCAGAGAUGAAACCAAAGCUACGUGUAAGGCAUGGGUUUUAAACUUCUUUCAGAGCUGCUGCCCUACUUGCCUUUUGGCAAGGCUCAGAACUGAUCUGCUAGUGUUAGUUCAUCAGAAUCCUUGUGUGGCACUACGGGUGAUUUGUAGAUCAGUGGCUUUGCUCUGUGCCUUGGCCGUGCAAUCUGACCUACUCCUGCGCAUCAUGUGUUUCACAGCGCCCCCACCGCCCUCCCCAGUAUAUCCCUCCCUGAUCAACUGCGCUAAGCUGUAGUUUGAGCCCCAAGGAAUUUCCAACAUAUCAUUCCUUUCACGAAUCAAAGACGAAUUUAAACACAAGAGAGUGUGAAAACGAUUGGAUGAAACUCGUUUCAAACAAGUUUCCCACCAUUAUUAGCCUCCUCUUCAACUCACAGAUGUUUGGCUGGUUGUAUAGAAGAUGUUAUAUUAUUGUAAUACACUGAACAAUAAUGUUAUUUCCAUGAAACCACUAUGGUGCUGAGGGCCCUCAUUUGUGUCACCACAUGGUCAGGUCAGUGACACUAAUCUGGCAUAAAGAGAGCUGCCCACUUAACAUCACUGUCCUGCCUCCUUUCUCUGAAAAAGUCACAUUACGCCUGGCUAAAGAACAACAAAGUUACACUAUCAACCUGUCUUUAUUUUUAAAACUAGCUGCAUAUCAGGUUGCUGAAGUUGUUCUGUCUGCCAGCAGAGACUGUUGAGUGGUUUUAGAUUCCCUUUCAAUCAGUAUUAGGCAAUGUGGCUUCCACUGUAAGGAAGCAUCCACUCUGUUCAUAGCAGAAUGUGUUUUUUUCUGUCUUCAUGUGAAACCUUUACGCCUGUGCCACUUUGACGUUUGCAUCACAGUAGCUGCACCCGCUCCGGCUGACACUCAGCCGGAGCGUACCCGGACAAACCCUGAUGUUCCUUUUCUCUUCAGAAACUGCCUUGCCACUUUUGUGUUCAUUGACAUGUUAUGAUGAACAUGAAUGGCCAUUUUGUUCAAAAGAAAUGGCUUCCUCUUAGAACUCUCUCAGAGGUACUUGAUGUUUUAGUUUGUGUCAUUCAUGUCUGAGGUCACAACCGGUCCAGCACGACUUAACCUAGUAGUAGCAAGAAAAAAAACUGACUUGGUAGCGUCUCUGAUAAUAUUUACUGGUAAGGCCCUCUUCACAUCUGUCUGCUAUUGUAGAUAACAACUAUGAUAACGAUGUCUGUGACCUGAAGACCAGGUCAGCCAUUCCAUGAGAUCUUCUGUCCAGUAGUAGAGUCUAAAUACAGAGGUGAUCAGCUGUAUUUCAGGAAUGUCAAUAGAAAAUCUAAGUCUGUAUGUAUUCCCUGUUCCUGAAAAUGACUGAUAUAAGUGAACCUGAAAAAACAACCCCGCUGAAUUGUCCUAAUUCUGAUGAUUUUUCCUGUGCAUAAUAUUUGAUUAAAAUUUGUAUAUUGCA